GUGAGAACAGGACUCAUAUGACAAGUAUGAACUGAACAAAGUCAACACUGCCUGAUAUGAUAGUAUAUAAUGUAUUGUUUGGCCAACUUUAAGUGGGGCUAAAAACAGGUCUGGACAUUAAGACAGGUUCAUUGUGUAAAAAUUAUGGGAUUUGGGAUCCCUUUUCUUGAAGGGUAAAACAUUGUACCUUUCAAACUAAGGGGUCUAAUACACCUUUAUCAUGGGGACUUGAGCUGGAGAAUCACACUCGAUUAACAAAUAAAAAUCACCUUAAAGACAAGUUGAGCUUAAAGGCUUGGAACUCAUCUUUGACUGAUAACUUUGAAAACGUUAAGAGUCUUUCUGCCUAAGCAGAGUUUUGACUUUUACAACCUCCCCUUGUUUAUAGCUGUUAGUGGUAGCCUUGAGCUAAUGCCACUGCUCUUCUUACUGGCUGCUCCUUAACUUUGUUCAAACGGUGCUUCAUUGAACAUUUGUUUGAUUUUAGUGUUGUCAUGAAAAGUACUUCCAGUCACUGAGUAAAAAGAUGCUAUGCUGAUACUGUCCAUUGGCCAAAAUGUCUCAGCUGUGUUUCUAUUUAGUGAUUUAGGGGCCCCAGAAACAUGGCAGUGUUUCAGAGACCUGAGUAAGCUGUGUUCAUUGGCCCCUGCUAAUGAAAAUCUCUGCAUAGGACUAGAUAACUUGGGGUGGAUGGAGAGAAGAAAGUCUGGAGGUUCCUCCAAGAGUAUGCAUACUGAAAAAAAUAAUGAGUUAAACUAAAAAAAGAGAAAAAGACAACAAAAUGUAAUAAAGGAUAAUGUAAUUUAAUGUAAUUUUACUUUGGCUUACAACGACGCCUCUAAAAUUGAUAUGGCAACUGACAGUAAGCGCCACAGUCGUUGGUAUGAACUAAAGUAAAAUUUGUUAUGUUAAACCUUAAUUCACAUAUGAAAGGCUUUAUAAUAAGAAGCCCCUAUGGAUAACCACUAAGUGACGUAACCAACAACGUCACAAGGAGGACAGGUGGAGACGAAACCAGUUUUUUUUUACAUUUUAAACCUGGGAGACCAAAUUCAACUAGCAUAUUCCGCUGAACCACCAUCAGCCACUUUUCGAUCUCGGCGUCAUUCAAACGUAGACCAUAAUGACGGUAAAAUGGCAACACUGAAGGCAUAUCUGACUGGCAAAGAUGGAGUGGAUUAUCCUCUUGUGCGUGGUUUCCACUUGUUUCUCGGCCGUACAUGCACAGAAAUUUUUGUUCAGCUCAAAAUGGGGCCCCAUUGGCUAUAAAGAACAUGAAGAGCAUGAUGAUACGACAGCAAUGGAUGAAAUCAUUCAAGCUAAUGAGUUCCAAGCUUCCAGAAACAUAGAUGGCACUACCAGUCUCAGAGAGGGAGACAUUGCUGUUUCUUCUGGAAGGCGCUCCAAAGUCUGCUUCGCCCGUAGCUGCCUCUGGUCUAAGUCAGUGGAUGGACACGUCUAUAUUGCAUAUAGGCUCUCACCUGAAUACUCUGAAAUGGAGACAAAGAUGAUAAAGAAAGGGAUGGAAAACAUAGAGAAAGGUACCUGUGUGCGGUUUGUUCCUUGGACUCACCAGCGAGACUACAUCGACAUCCAGUCAAAGUCUGGGUGUUGGUCCUACCUUGGUGCGCGUGGUGGAAGACAGACCGUGUCUCUGCAGAGCCCUGACUGCCUCCGGAUUGGAGUGAUUUCCCAUGAAUUCAUGCAUGCCCUGGGCUUUGUGCAUGAGCAGUCCCGCUUUGACCGGGACAACUAUGUCACCAUCAUGUGGCCAAACAUUUGGAGGGAUCGGUUGAGGAACUUUGAGAAAUUCAAGACUGACAGCCUGGACCUGCCAUAUGACUAUGGCUCAAUCAUGCACUUUGGGAUGUAUGCCUACUCUCAGGAUGGGGAGCCAACCAUCAUUCCUAAGGACGGCAACAUCAAGGACAUACAGCUGGGCCAGGCAUCGACUCUCAGCCACAUUGACAAGCAGAAAAUCAACAAGCUUUAUAAGUGUGGUGGCAAGGAUGAUUACUAACCAAACUGAAUUGAAGCGAAACCAGAAUGUACUGAAAGCUAAUAUAAUAAACUGAUGUUGAAUCAUGGAAAGAACUUCAAUAAAGAUUGAGUCAAGCUUUC